AUGGCCUCUUCGUCACCAUUUCCCUCUCUAAAGUUUACAGUACGCAGAUGCGAGCCUGAGCUUGUGCCUCCUGCUCUCCCCACUCCUCAUGAAACGAAGGUACUAUCCGACAUAGAUGAUCAAGAUGGCCUGCGUUUCCAGAUUCCAAUCGUACAAAUUUAUCGAAAGCAAGCAUCAUCAAUGGGAGAGAGAGACCCGGUUGAAGUGCUUCGGCAAGCACUGUCACAAACACUUGUCUUCUAUUACCCAUUUGCAGGGAGGCUGAGGGAGGGGCCUCACCGCAAGUUGAUGGUGGAUUGUACCGGAGAGGGUGUCAUGUUCAUCCAGGCUCAUGCUGACGUCACGCUUGAUCAAUUCGGUGAUUUCCUACGACCUCUGUAA